UUUAGCUACUACAGACCCAUUUCAAGCGCAACUAAUUGAAGUUGAAUAAGCAAUGUCUUAAUCAAACUUUACUCAAUUGUAAAGCAUGUAUGAAGGAAAUAUUUAGAUUAAUGCCAAUAUAUAAAUUUCCUUUCCGUAUAGACGUAUUUACGUCAAAUUCUCCGGAACCGUGGUUCCACUAUCACUUUUUUGUUUUAUAAUAUACAAGGAAACUGUGAUAUUUUUUUCAAAUAUCGAUUUUAUCACUGGCAGUUUUGGGAGAGGCCUCCCCAUGCAAACACCCUUAUUUAUUUAAGCCUCUUAUCACGCUGCUGAUAACGAUUAGUUUACUCGUUUCGAGUUUCUCAUUUUCAGACAAGAAUCCAUUCAACCCUUUCAUUACAGUUUGCAGGAAAAUUUCAGUGUGUGACGAAAAGUAAAAGACGAAUAUCGAUAGUAUUCGAUACGAAUCGUGUGUGACCUCGUGUUGCUCCAGCAGCAGAGGUGGUCUGUUAGCAUGUUAUGUUAGUUCCAUAUUUUCUGUUUUACGUCAGCGAAAAGAAGAAAAGAUCGCUUCAAGUUGUGACUUCAAUGUAGUAGUGCAAGGAUCUUGGUUUGUAUUGUUUUAUCCUGUAGAAUGAAAGCAUCACGUUGAGUUAUUUUACACAUAGAAACAAGAACAUUGUACAGAAUUUUUAAUUUACAUGCAGAAGACACGUCAGUUACCAACAACCGAAAUAAAUUAUCAACAUAAAAUUGUGUAACGAAAAUGAAACAGAAAGUACAAUGUGGCGCAGUGUCUUACAGUCAAGAAUACAUUCUCGUAUACGAAGCAUCAUCUGGUUAUUGAUUUCCCAAGAAAUAUGGCGCAAACGAUACUUGGAUUUCAAAGUUAACCUUGAACCGUGUAAUAUUAUCAGUCAUAAAUUAAAAUAACUGAGAGUAAUAUUUUUAUUUGUCUCUUGAAGAUCCGAUCGAAGUCUUAAACGCAUGUAUGGAAACUUAACUACUCAAUAGCAUGUCAGGUCUCAUGUUGGCUGCUGUGGUAGCUCUUACGUCGUCUAUCAUGGCCUCAUCUGUGUUGGGACGAUGUCCCUUGCAGUGUUUUUGCUUAACUGCGUGCUGUGCAGACUGCAUAAACUCGUCUUUGACUGAACUACCAGAAACAGGAUUCAACCAGGAUCUCACCAAGUUGAACGCAUCCUUCAACGACAUUACUGUCCUGAACAAGACCUCUCUGAAGCACAUCCCUUUGUUAACCCACCUGAACCUCUCUCACAACAAAAUCACUGACAUUAACUCGCAAGCAUUCUUAACGCUAAAAUCCUUGAGUUACUUAGAUCUUUCGAGCAACAAUAUAAUUACAAUAGUCCCGGAUAUUUUCAUGUACAACAAGAAAUUCUUGUGGUUGUCUUUAGCUGACAACAGCAUGUUGACACUGCCAAGUACCUUAUUCCUUUCACAAUUGCAAUUUUUGAACCUCUCGCGUUGUAAUUUAAGGAACCUAACCUCAGACUUUUUCAAAAAUAUGCAAGAACUUCACCAGCUUUAUCUCGACAAUAACGAGAUUGUUUCUCUCAAGACUGGAGUUUUUCGCCACCUGUAUCGACUUCAGAAGUUGGAUUUAUGCCACAAUGCCCUAGAGAAUUUACAUGUACAUGAUUUUGGACGACUGAUAGAUCUCAGGUCGCUUUCCCUGUGCCACAAUAAUUUCAUCAGAAUCAAUGCCACGCUUGUAGAUGCAUUUAUUAGGAUUGGUGCCGUGGAUCUUGAAGGAAAUCCUUGGAUUUGUGACUGUGACUCCGCUGAUGUUUAUUACAAGUGUAUCCGUAAUAAGUCGUGUCAUUUGAACGUGACUUGCGAGUUUCCUGAUAACUUAAAACAGAGACACUGGAAUGUUAUUGACCAAUUAGGAUGUGUGACUUCUGCUUCGCCAACGACUAUAAAAACAUCGUCAGUGACCGAAGGGUUCACAGCGAUUCAUCAAACAACGGCUGAAAUAGACAAACUGGGGCAGUCUUCAGAGAAAGGCGUGUGGUUUUGUUUCACAGUGGUGUUUCAGGUGAUCUACAUUCUGAUGUUUGUUGCAGUUUUGGUACUGUUAGUAAAAAUCUGCAGAAGGUGCCGUAAGAACGAGACUAAGGAGUUGGACGAUGGUGGCAGCACCAGCAGCAGCGGGGGCUUCAAACACAGACGUGUGAACCGAUCGAGUAUCGAAACGUAUACGAUACGUACCGUAAAAGCUCAGGAAUGGAAGAUACACAUAACGAACAACGUCUUGGAAUGGAAUUCGUUCGUAAACCGAGAGUUUCCUGUACUUGUGUUGAGACGAGAUGACGUAUUCGACGUCCGGGGGUCACAGAGACUUUUCAAGGACUGCUUUGUACUUCUGGUGCUCGUCGCAUUGAGGGUCGGAGCGCAAUGUCCAGAGCCUUGCAGCUGCCCGUCUUCCUUGGUAGCGAACUGUUCCUCUGCAUCUCUGACAUCCAUCCCGAAGGACAGGUUUGGCAUCUACACGCAGAUUCUGGAUAUUUCCGGCAACAGCCUGUCUAAUCUGAGCAAGACGUCGCUGAGGAACAUGGGAGUUAUCUCCCUCAAAGAACUGAACGCGUCUAGAAACAGCAUAAUUGACAUCCACGAGGAGGCUUUUGUUGGCCAGAGCAGGUUGCAGACACUGGACCUCUCCAGUAACAAUCUCAGCUACAUCGAACCAAAUGCCUUUAUUCGAAAUCCUUCACUCAAAUGGCUCUCACUCUCUGGUAACGGAUUUGGUAUGCUCCCUGAAGAAGGUUAUUUUCUUUACUCAGAAUCAGUAAGAGUGUUACAUCUGUCUGCAUGUAAUUUGCGUUUCAUCCCAACAGAAACUUUUCAAGGUCUUCCAAAUCUUCAAGAAUUAUACAUUUCUCAUAACUUGAUCGAUAUUCUGCCUCCUUUAGGUACCGGGUUCCUAACUGUACUUGAUAUAAGUAAUAACAAUUUGAGAGAUUUGGAUUCUGAUAUUUUCACUUCUUCGCCUAAGAUCAUUCGUCUGAAUUUAAGCUAUAAUGGACUGAAGACUCUGAAUAUAGAAAUGAUGCCUCAACUGGCGAAAGUAAUUAGAACUGGUGAUUUAAGUGGCAACCCUUGGUUAUGUGACUGUCUUAUGUUUAACACGACUUACUCCUGGUGUCAUGACAACGGCGUUGACUUGAAAUUGACGUGUUCAAGUCCUCCGAAGUUUAAGGGCAGGAAAUGGACUGAGUAUGAUAGAGAAGGGUGUGAUGAAAAUGUCUUCGACGAAGUGGACGAAUUUACGGUAACUGGUAACGGAUUAACACCAGUGGAGAAGCAUGCAAAAUUCGAAAAUCUGCAGGAGGCUGCAGAUAUUUUAACAAGUCGAGAAGAAGUUACGGAAUUUAAAUCAAAGUAUUUCUAUACGUCUUUAGCCCUUUUUGGUCUAUUAAUUGUUCUUACGGCCGUAGCUGCUUCGAUGUUUUGUUACCUGAGGAGGUCUCGUGUGUCAAUGCGUAAGGGCCCUGCAUUAAAUAAUGAAGAGGAGAGCCAUCUGUCAAUUGUCUGAACUGCAAAAUGCAACUCGUGCUCUGAAGACAGUCGUCGAGAAGGAAUUUCGAAUUUCGGCAGGAAGAAAUCUCAUUCAAUUGAUGCUAAUAUUUCAUGAGACCGAAUGUUGAAAUCACUUAACAUUGUUAUUGAUAGCGUUUGGUCUAUAGGAUCAGGGAAUAACGAAAUCAAGAAACGUCCUGUUUCCUUCAACUAACAUUUUGGCUUUCUAGUGGUCAACUGUGAUAAUGUGGUUGCCACCAAAAACAAGAUUUGCCGGAGGGGAAGAAGUGUCGGCCGGUUUUACCCCGAUGAUUUACGGCAAGUAAAUUAUCCUUAGGAGCAUGAACGAGAAGUUUCGUGAGCAAAAUUCAGAGGCAAUUUGUCAUCCAUGUCUCUCGUAGAGGACUUGAGAUGGGCUGGUCUUUCGUCGAGGGUGUCCUUACCAAAUGUUUAAAAAAGUAUGUCAGAAACCUGCGAAAUGAGGCCCCUAUUCUCCACGCAGGAGAGGGAAGGUUAGAUGAAGGGAUAUAGGCUUCUCAUAAUCUCUAGUGAAAUUGUAGCAGAUGGCAAAGAGUGUUUUGAUCUGCAAUAAUAGCAAUUUGCGUACCAAUGGCGGUUUGGUUGUUUAACAAAUCCUUGCGUGUCUCAAACAUUUAAGCCGGUUUAUAUUUAAUCUUUGAGAACAUCGUAAUACAAUAACCUUUUCUCAGAAUAUCUUGGCUUCCUUUAAAAAUCUCAAAGUCCUUGAAAUACAAAUAAAUAUAGAGGUACAGUUGGCAGCACAUACUAUACAAGUCCAUGUACCUGUUGGAUAAAUUAUCUACUUCAAAAAGUUGUAGAUGUCACUUCCAGAGGUUCAGAAAAAAUAUCAGCGUGUUAUAUUGUUCAUGUUGAAUUUAAAAUUAUGAAAUUAUUUGUAACAAGUUAUGUGGUGUUAAUAAUUUUUUUGUAAACGAAUGCAGUUAGUGUUGUGUUCAUUAAUUGUACAUCUGUUGUGGAAACGUUCAUAUUGAAAAUUUUGAUUAUUAAUUGCUUUGUUAUAAACUAAAUAAAUUUUCGUGAAUCAAUCAACGUCUUUCUCAUUAGCAGAGACUCUAUGUUGUAGGAUGAUGCGUGAUUAAUGAGUUCGAACUACGAAGGAAAAUGAACGGAGUUGGUUACCGCCCAAUUUUAUCUGCAGUUCGGAAUAUUUGCCUACGGUGACUGAAGAAAAAAACGAAAAUCUUCAGUAAGAAAAUUCUGUUUCUGGCCUGAGGUUUAAAACCAUGACCUACAGAGUUCGAAGGUGUUUGGGAAAAGCUUUCAGAAUUGAGCAAUUUAAAGCACGCAUGUGUAUAUUCACGUGUGGAUAACAGCUCUCAAUUCUAGUUCUCUUGCGUAUUCUGAAGGGUUUUCUGCCAGAUGUUGCGUCAGCUUAACCCACAUCAUCAACACAUUCCGUUCUUUAAUGGAACAAGGCGUGUGUUCACUGGUUUUACAGAAGAUCGCUAAUGGGCGUCAUCGUGAUCUUGUUUAAUUUCGCACCAGUCACGUGCAAAAGAUACGCUUGAGUAUUAUAUUUCCAUCUAUAUCUUGUUUUCUUUUCGCAUAGAUUUCCUUAUAAAAAUGUUGUGUGAAUUUCUUAUUUCCUUAUGCGUCUCGCAUUCGUCUCAUUCUGCUAUGAUAUUAUUUCUUACUGAAGUUUUUUCCAUUUUCCUACAAGUUCGAAUUUCUUAUCCAGAAAUUAUGCGUAGAACCUACAACCGUCUACCACACUCGCGGUUUGCUCAGCUAGCUCAGAGGACUCAGUGUCGCCCACGGGGAUCGAACGUAUAAGAAGGUUACAACUGCAUCGAAACCCAAGUAUAUUGAUUGAGUAAUUUUUUGCCAGAGUACACGCUUAUAAUAAUAAACCUGGUCUCUCCUUCCCUCAAUAGACACAAUAAUAAUAAUUUCCUGCUUCCUUGAAGGGACUUCACACAGUCGCAAUGGCUGUCUUC